AUGAGGUUCACGUCGGAAAUGCUCGUUGCCCUAGCCGCAGUAGCCACAGCUGGUGUCAUGGCUGCUCCACCACCUUCUUUCAAAGGGCAAUACAAGGUCGAAGUCAUAAUCUCACCCGGAAGGGUGGACAUUGGAGAUUUGAACUGGCAGCACGAAAUACGCGAUUUUAUUUACGCUGCGAAGGACAACCAAAUCGGCAUCAAACACAACCCGAUAGAACCCCUCCUUAGUUUUACAAAUCAGUGCACCAAUCACGCUGAUACAAAUGGUCAUCUAAAGGUGCAUAUCCACAUGGACGGCUCAUGGGGCACACUUCCUGGUAUAGGACCUAAUGACGCCCGCGAACAUCUGAUCGAAGCGGUGAUGCAGACGUUGCAUGCGGAUUCUGAUUACACUGGUUAUAACGUAUUUACCAACUGCUGGGGGACGUCAUGGCAAGAGGGAGUGCCUAUUUGGAAGGGGCCCCAUGCCUGCGGCGGGACCAAUCCUACUGUCAGACCCCAGUGCAUGUGCACAGUGGCCAAUGCACAGUGCGAAAAACACUCCUGGGGACAUACUGUACCGUCGGCCAUUUCUGCAAGGAUAUACGACGUUAACUCAAAUCAAAAACAGCCACAAAAACAGCCAGAGGUGCACUAUUUGAACAUCGAAUUUUCAUCAGACAAAAUUGAGCCAAGCAAAGAUUGUGGUCCAAUUGGCACCAUUAUCUCUAGGGUGACUGGAUUUUUGCCUGGCCCUGGGAGUCUGUUCUCUAGCACCAUCGAUAUAUUCUGCGACUGA